AUGCCAGGCUACGACCCGGUCCGCGACGCUGGCGGUCCUGGCUUGAGUCGAGCUUCGCCAUCUGCCAGGCCCCGCUCAGAUCAAGCCCCUCGUCCGUCGCCAUCAUCCGCCGCUUAUGCACCCCGACCCUCCGCUGCAUUCAACGACGAUCCCUCUGCUUCUCGGCGUAGCAUCUCCGGUCACCCCAUCGACCAAUAUGGUGAUGUCCAGGCAAGCUAUUCUCGCCGAAUCAGUCACGAAGGCCCGUCAGGUCAACCCGUAAUCUCGCCGCGUACUCCCACUACUGCGCUUCCCCCUCACGAACGCUAUGCGGAUCAUGGUUACGCUGCCCAGCAACAGUACGAGCACAGUCCUCGCAACUCAUUCCACUCCGAAGAGCCUCAUCCAUCAAGGCGCAGUGCGUCCAUCGCCGACCUGAUUGCUGUGAGUGAGAUGUCGGAUGCCGAACACGACCGACACCGCGAAGCCCACCGGUGGUCGGCUCAGUACGGCGGGGAAGAAAUGGCAGCAGAUGGCAGCAUGAGCAGGUCCAGCAGCCAAUCGGGCGGCUUUCAUGGCCCCUCGGCCCCUCUUCCACACAGCACUUCGCAUCCGCGCAUGUCGCAUCCAGCUCCGCAUCAAUUGGGUCGAUCCGAACGCAGUCCCAGCAUGGCGCAUCUGCUCAAUGAUGGAACGGCUGGCGCCGUUCAGGACAGACCGAGGUCCGGCUCCCAUUCGUCGGUCUCAUCGUUCCAUUCGCACCCGCAUCCGCCCCCACAGCACUAUUCCAGUCAGAUGUCACCGCACGGCCAUCCUUCGUUGCAGCCCUCGCCCGGCUCAAUGAUGCACACUCGCGAACCGGUCGGCCAUCCUUCCGUCAUUGGAGGUCCGAGCUCCUACCGAGUCAGCUCACCAUCCAGUGCCUAUCCGCCAGCUAUGCAUCCGCACAACCAGCCAACGCUUCAUCGCGAAAGCAGGUCCAGCCCUGGAGUCGGCGCGCAUCACCCGGGCCACCCUGCUGAGAGAACCCGUCACGUAGCUCAGGGUGUCCCCGUUGGCCACGGUCCACCGCCUCGCUCUGCAUCAGGCUCAUACGCACACGCUAGCACUUCCGCUAGUCCCGCAUCCCAUCCUUACGCCCACCUGCAGCCCUCGCCGUCACAUCGCUUUGCGGUGCCAGACGUACCCACGACCCGCUCACCAGAGAGCAGGCGUGUACCAUUGCCACGAUCACCUUCAUUGAUCCACGGCGCCCAUCCGCGUGCACCUUUGCACCAUGACUCAUCCUCAUCUUGGACCGGCGAAGAACAAGAGGCGUCAUCGGCUGCAGGCAUGCCACCCCCGCUGAUCCACGCAUCUCCUCGUAGGGAUAGCUACGGUCAGCCGACACAUCCAUAUGCUCAUCGGUAUGCGCCAGCAACUCCAAACAACGGCAUGCCACCUACGCCAGGAAGUGCUGCAUCGCAGGGUGGAUACCCGCUCACGCCAGGCUCCAGAUCUUUGCCGCCGCACACGCCCAACUCGGCGUAUGCUCGCAGAGGCGGCGACGGCUACGAGGAGAGCAAUUACUUCCCGCACAUGUCCGAGUCCGCACCACCGGCCGCCUAUGAUCCGGCGCGCGAAAGGUCGAGCAGCUUCACACAGUCCGAGCACCCUCGUCGCAGCGCAGAUUUCGGUCCUGGUGUACACAACGACCAUGGUGGCUAUGGCGAUGGUCGUGACAGCAUUCUGACCCCUGGGUCAGCCCAUCACGCGGGCGGUCCGAUGCAUCCAAGAGAUCGUGCGCACCCAGCUUUGCCGCCGACGGCAAUCUCUCCUUCGUUUGGCCCUCAGCGACGGGCUCAAAAUUUGAAGGCGGAGGAGGAAGCGCUGGAGCUGAACGGGCGAAGGCACAGCGGUGAAGAGGCCUACCGCCUCGAAGCUGAGCGCUCACACUAUCCCCAUGAGCGUGACGGGCAAUACGACGGAGUCGCGGCCAAAUCUCAGCAAGAUCUCGACAAGCUCCGCCGAUACCACCACGAGGAGACCACGUCAAGACGCGACUCCCGUGACUCGUCCAAAAGAGAAAACGAAGCGACAUCGUCUGAUCGAACCGGCGAUGCAAUGCAAGCAUCCAACGACACCUCAACGCAGCCAUUCGAUCAGAAGCGCUCUCGAGAGGUUUCGCUGGACACACAUCGCCCUGUUCCUGAGCCGAAGUCUGACGAUCUUGCUCACAUCAAGGAUGAUGUCGAGCUGACGGCCAAAGCUGACGAGGAGGAAGUCGAGACAAAAGGGCAGCCCGACAUCAAGAUCGCUCCCCUGCCACGCUAUGCGCCCACGCACCGGGUGUCGCAUCCAAGGCAAGUGAUGCGUCCCAUCGGCAUCGAAGAGAUCGAUCGGAAACGAGCGCGUUGUCGCAAUCCACUUCGGCGAGAGUGGGAGCAGCUUCACCAAGCCGACAGCCGAGAAGCGCUGGACGAGAUCCUGCGCGCUUUCCACAUGGAGCUUGCCGGGCAGAACGGCUCGGCAUCCGCAUCAAAUGGAGAGCAACCGAAGCCUUCGGAUGUCAAGAAGCGCGCGAUUGGCGAUACCCUCGAAGAUGCCGAAGAGGUGGCGGACCACUACAACAAACGUCGAGAGGUGGGCAUUCACGGACGUGAAGAGUCGCCGAUCAUCGCGCUUCGCAAGUUCAAUAACUGGAUCAAGUCGGUACUCGUUGGCACGUUUGCACGCGGACGCUACGACGAGCCACAGGGCCCUCGGUACCGAACACGCGGUGGACGCAUCCUGGAUCUGGGCUGCGGCAAGGGAGGAGAUCUCAAAAAGUGGGACAAGGUGAGCCCGAGCGCCUUGGUGGGCGCCGACAUUGCCUCUGUGUCGAUCGAGCAGGCCAUCACGCGUCAUAAAGAGAACAGGCAGCGGUACUCUGGCGACUUUUUCGCAUUUGACUGCUUCUCGACGCCGCUGACCGAGGUCAUCCCUCGCGAGCUACUGGAGCCGAUGUUUGACAAUGUCACGCUCCAGUUCUGCAUGCACUACGCGUGGGAGAGCGUCGAGAAGGCGAGGAUGAUGCUGGACAAUGUCGCACGCUACCUUCGCAGAGGAGGUGUCUUCAUCGGCACAAUCCCUGACAGCCGUGUGUUGCGCGACCGUCUCACCGCGGGUGGCAACCCGGACGACCGAUCGUUCGGGAACCGAUACUACAAGGUGGUGUUUGACCAGGUGGACACGUGGCCGGCCUUUGGCAACCGAUACACGUUCUUCCUCGAGGACGCGGUUGAGAAUGUGCCGGAAUACGUGGUGGACUUUGAUGUGUUUGAGGACCUGGCUAUGGAGGUAGGACUGCGGUGCAUCUACCGCAGGAACUUUGCCGAGAUGUACGAAGAGGGGUCCAGGCACGAAGAGCAUGGCAAGCUGCUCGAAAGGAUGAAGGUGGUCGACCGCUACGGGUCGUUGGCUCUGGAUGAGGAGAUGUGGCAGGCAGCGACACUCUACCUCGGCUUCGCCUUUGAGAAGAUGUGA